GUCCAGACCUGUCGACAGAACACCGCAAAACAGAUAGUAUCGUAACGGUUAUACUAUUUAAAAUACCACCUGGUAUGCGAGAAGAAAUACCAAUACGGCCUACGCGAUGGGCGCGAUGAAAGACACUAAUGACGAUCUAUCCGCGAAUCCGAGCAUAACCCAACAAUACCAACACCGACUGUCAACGGCAAGGUCCUCGCAUAGCUAUGGCAGUUACGAAACCGGUGAAUCCAGUACCACUACAAGUUUAAACGAUCCUUCUACUGGCUCGAUUACCUUGGCUCAUUCUCCUCACAAAGGUGCCAUUAACGACUUGGGCUCUAACUCGUAUGCGCCGGAUCGGAGAAUCAGGGAUAUGGAUAGAGAAAGGGAUAGGGACCUCAAUCGUGAGGUCCAAAAACGACGUCGAUCACAUAAACCUCGGUCUAAUGGAGGUUUCCUCCUCGCUCAUUCUGCGCAUGAUGAACCUUCUAAGGGGAUUUCGCCAAACCGGGACGGUAGCCGAAGACAAUCACGGCUACCGGUGGAUAAUCGCAGAGGAAAGACGCCUACGGGUUUAUCUACAAAUUUAUCAGACAGGUCAAAUGGGUCAAACUUCCGCACGGGCUUGGGGAUAGACGAGCAGGGGAUGAGGGGGUCAAGCGAAGGCCCGCCGAGUCGAAUAGCGAGUCCGGCACCCGACGAGGACAUACGAUAUAGCCAGGGUGGUCGGCGAGUUUCGAGGAUACCGACGCCGACUUCUCGGCCGGGCACACCUCUUGAUGUCGAUUCCACUAAUAUUGUGAACAUGGCUCUUAAAUUGAGCGACUCGCGACACAUGGCGGAAAGGAGAAACAUGUCGAGUCCCAUUCCUCCGCGUCUUUCUCAUAUCCCUGAUUCCAUGGCUGGCAGUGGCCUUAAGCAGCACCUACAGCAACAGAGGAGGACUUCUCGGACCAUUUCGCCCAGACCCGACAAGGGCCUCAUGCCGAGAGCUGCAUCGUCGUCGAGAAUACCUAGCCCACUACAACCCUCAUUUGAGAACGAGCCGAGCUAUACAUAUCACUUUUCGUCUUCCACCCUUAACAGGGCCCAGAAAGCGAAGGAGUAUCUCGAAUUGAUGGCCCAAUACAGAAGAUUAUUACAGUUCGUCCCGCCUCUUAAACAAGAUACGCGUUCAAGGCCUUCAUCUUCCAAUGUCUCAACAUCCCCCACAUCCUCAAAGCCACCUUUGAAUCCUCUCACCGGCACGCCUCUUGUCGAAUUGGGUCGGGCCUACAAUCCUCUUCAAUACAUUCGAAACCGAAAAGUUCGAGCUCGAGAAAGGAAAAACAUUGAUGGUGCGACACAGGGUUUCGCAGAUAUCUCGAGAGUAGCAGGUUGGAUCGAUCAAACUGCGACAUCUACAGCCGCGUCGGGCUUAUCAUUUGGACCUCACCUGCUGCCCCCAUUCCAAGCUGCACAUGAGGCUGAGCAAGAGCCCCCGUGUAAUAUACCGAGGCCUGUCUCAAUGGCAAAGCCUAAACGAGUAAGAAUAGAUUGGACCAUUGACCCUGCAGAUAUGCUUGCGGACGCCUACUGGAUAGAGCAGAACGACAAUAAGUACCUCAUCGAGGACCGCCACUAUUCGAAGAUUUUCCCUCGAAAGCCAGAGGCACAAUCACCGCCUCACCAGGUAAAUGAGCCUGUCGCAUCCGCGCUUUCUAUCUCGACAAGAGAAGGGGAUACAGGGGAUGUCACUACUGCCUCUGAAGCAGACAUCAUAAGUCCAAUUCGACCAGAUUCUGACAUGCCACUUGUAAGUGCACGAGAGCGUGCUCGUCAAAAGCUACAAGAUUUGAGAGGCCACCAUAAACAAAAUGGACUCUCUCACAGCCAUCACGAUUUCCUGAGAUUUAGGAAAGGCUCAUUAUCAGAUACGUCGGACAGCGAAAGCGAUCGUAGGAAACGAAAUCGUACCGGCACUAUUAGUGCUGAUGGCACGGAUUUGCUUGAUAAGCAGAUGAAGGAGAUGAUGGCGAAGGAGGAGCAGAAUGAGAAGGAGAACAUAGAGGAGACUAACCGGGCGCUCCUUAAACAACUUCCAUCGCGGAUGGCGACACCGGACAAGGGUUCUCAAACACCAGAAGAAAUAAGUCGCGGGGGUUCGCGAGUAGAGGUUCUUGAUGGUCCAGAUAAGGUUACCCAUGGAAAAGUACAGCAAGGGUCUCCUCUUGGGUCAGCUCUCGGAUCGGGACGCCCUAGCCUGGAAGUCCCCGGUAAGGAUUACAGAUUAUCGGUGGACAUGGACUCCUCGCGGCCACAAUCCCCUGAUGCAAGGCCAUCGCGGGGUCGCCAUCCCCAGGUUCCGACAAUUGGUAUGGAUCUUUCUCCCCCUGAAAGCCGGCCCACUUCUCCCGGCCGGAAACCCUUUUCGAAAGUCAAGAACAUGUUCCGCGAUCGUAGUCGGGAGCGAGAGCGGGAGCGGGAGCGGGAGCGUGGCGCGAAGAACGUAGUCCGCGAGAAAGAUGACAAGGUAGAUAGUCCAAUCGAGCCACCUGAGCAUCUUAACCUCUCGGCACUUACUGCGGAGAGAUUCCAGUCGCCUGAUCGGCGUAGGUCUAAAAGCCUUACACGGAAGAUGGUUCAAAGGUCUACCAACGAGAGCCAUAGGUCGCACAAGAGUGUGAGCAGCAUCAGCAAAAUGAAAGGUGAUGAUCAGGUUGGUCUGCGGGGCAUCUUCAAAUCCGGCGCUAAGUUGGACGGCAUGAUACGCGGUAGUGUCUCCAAAGUCACCGACCUUCUGUGGAAGAAGGACUCGGAUACCGAAGAUACCUCGUCAUCAUCAUCAAGCUCCGAGUCGGAGGAAGAGCCUAAAAGAGGUAGGGCCAAAGGCUCGGCCAACGUGUCUCGAAGCAACUCGCGGCGCCCACGUGAUAGCAAUCGUCAAAAGAAUUACCUCGAUGUUAUGCCUCCGUUCAAGCAGACGUUGCUAAUACAUAAACCAUCAUCUGAGGAGGUCGACCCCCUUUCUGUGAUGAGCCCCACGUCGCGACCUAGUAGAUCGCCUCGUUUCGACCGGUUGAAACCGCCUCGCAUCGAUAUCCGCAAGGCAUCACCUCCCUCAACGGAUCUCGUGCCUACGAAGUCUCGUCUCCUACGCGAUUCCUCCGACAUCUCGGACCUGGAACCACUCUCGGCUACCCAGGGCAAGAAUUUGAAUGGCUUGUCCAAGGAAACCGCCGUGGUCCUUGCCGCCCCGCAGCCUCGGCCACGGAUGGGAUCUCGAACGUUGUCACAGCCGGCCCGUCAUUGGUCGAUCUCGAACCGUAGCCCGGCGCCCCAGGGCGGCCAGAUCUCUCGCCGCGAAGUGGCCAGGCUGCGUGCUCUGAUCCUGUGCUCAGGUAUUAAGGCGAUGGAAAUAUCCCGCCGCGCUCACGAGCCCCACCCCUUAUUCGCACUUGAUAACAAUAGCAAGGGCCUCGUAGCCGGGCUCGCCUGGUCUGACGUCGCACGCUUCGUCCCCGAUCAGAAAGCCAUGGAUAUCCUAGCUCCAGAACUCGAGCUAUUCCCUGCUACAGCAGGCGUCAUAGUCUCGAGCAUCGAGAACUCCAUCCGCUUGUCGGAAAAGAGCACUGCUCGGUUCGCAAUCGAGACCGCACCUGUGAUCCAGCGCCGCAUCGAAGAGCUUCACGAUCGCGUGGCCGGCGAUCUCAUGGAGAUGACGCACCGGGCGGCGGACGAAGCUGACGAGGUUAACCGCGACCUAGUCGACAGCCAGAGGCUGAAGGUUAAGACGGUCACGGAUACCAUGGACAAGAUGCUCCGGCGCAGACGCAGACGCUUCAGGUGGGUGCGCCGGGCCGGUUGGCUGGCUGUCGAGUGGGUGCUUGUCGGGUUUAUGUGGUACGUCUGGUUCGUGGUGAUGUUGGCGAGGAUUGUGCUAGGGAUAGGCAAGGGGAUUGUGGGGGUGGGGCGGUGGUUGCUUUGGCUGUAGAGAAGAGGAGCUGUCAUGGAGGACAGGAGAGAAGAGGAGGAGGAUAUUGCUGUUGGAGCAAGUUGGAGUAGUUGGACGUACUAGCGAGCGACCUGUCACGUCUUAUUUCAUCGCGGUCAACCACAGAUGCGGAAAAGGACUUUGGAGGAUUUUUGGUCAUGAUACCCACCCCCUGCGGUCGCGCUUUUUCCCUGUCAACUUUUAUCCGCCCCCUACUCCCCUUAUUUUGCCUCUUGGGCUCAUCAACCUCUGCGUGCCCUUACUUGGGGUUACUGAUAACCGUCACAUCGACAAAUUUUCUGUUAUAAUUAUUGUUCUACCAUACCAUACCAUACCAUCCCUGGAAUUCUC